AUACCACAUUUUGUUUAAUCAUCUGUUCAUGGACAUUUGGGUGGUUUCCACCUUUUGGAUUUGUAAAUAAUACUGCUGUGAACACUUUUGUGCAAGAAUCUGCCUCUGCUUUCAAUUCUUUUGGAGAUAUAUUGAGAAGAGGAAUUGUUGGAACAUAUGGUAGCUCUAUGUUCAACUUUUUUAUGUCCCCCCCCCCCCUUUUUUUUUACUAGAGGAUUCUACCAACCUAUAUAGUAAGGUAACUCCUAGAUCCUGAAGGCAAAAUGUUUGGCAGUGCCUGGUACCUAGCGAGUGCUCAAUAUGUAGAAUUAUUUAGGCUCUUUUAACAAUUCUCCAAGUGUGGAAGUAAAACAACCCAGUAUGCUUUCUGCUUAUGAAGUUUCGCUUAGGCAACUGUCUGGCCAGCAAGGAGAUCUAUUAAGACUACCUACAAGUGAUAGAAAUAAUACUUCCAGAAUUCUUUGAUCUUUUAGAGAGAAGCCUGUUCUAGAGAUGAUUUUAUAUUAUAUACUGUGGGCAGCCUAGGUAAUUAUAAAGGGGGAGAAUCUCAGUAGUAUCCUAAAUAAUCCUGUAGCUUAUUGACUAUUUUCCCAUACCUGUGACAGGUAACAGUUCGUGAGGCUAUAAAUCAAGGUAUGGAUGAGGAGCUGGAAAGAGAUGAGAAAGUAUUUCUGCUUGGGGAAGAAGUUGCCCAGUAUGAUGGGGCUUACAAGGUUAGUCGAGGCCUAUGGAAGAAAUACGGAGAUAAGAGGAUUAUAGACACACCCAUAUCUGAGAUGGGCUUUGCUGGAAUUGCCGUAGGUGCAGCUAUGGCUGGGUUGCGGCCCAUUUGUGAAUUUAUGACCUUCAAUUUCUCCAUGCAAGCCAUUGACCAGGUUAUAAACUCAGCUGCCAAGACCUACUACAUGUCAGGGGGCCUUCAGUCGGUGCCCAUUGUCUUCAGGGGGCCCAAUGGUGCCUCAGCAGGCGUAGCUGCCCAACACUCACAGUGCUUUGCAGCCUGGUAUGGGCACUGCCCAGGCUUAAAGGUGGUGAGCCCCUGGAAUUCAGAGGAUGCUAAAGGACUUAUUAAAUCAGCCAUUCGGGAUAACAAUCCAGUGGUGAUGCUAGAAAAUGAAUUGAUGUAUGGAGUUCCUUUUGAAUUUCCUGCAGAAGCUCAGUCAAAAGAUUUUCUGGUUCCUAUUGGAAAAGCCAAAAUAGAACGGCAAGGGACACAUAUAACUGUAGUUGCCCAUUCAAGGCCUGUGGGCCACUGCUUAGAAGCUGCAACAGUGCUGUCUAAAGAGGGAAUUGAAUGUGAGGUAAUAAAUCUACGAACUAUCAGACCAAUGGAUGUUGAAACAAUAGAAGCCAGUGUUAUGAAGACCAAUCAUCUCAUAACUGUGGAGGGAGGCUGGCCACAGUUUGGAGUAGGAGCUGAAAUUUGUGCCAGGAUCAUGGAAGGCCCUGCAUUCAAUUUCCUGGAUGCUCCUGCAGUUCGUGUCACUGGUGCUGAUGUCCCUAUGCCUUAUGCAAAGAUUCUAGAAGACAACUCUGUACCUCAGGUUAAAGACAUCAUAUUUGCAAUAAAGAAAACAUUGAAUAUCUAGUAUGGACUUGAAUAUCAAGUUAUUGGGAUUUUAUUUAAAAUAUGUGCUGACAUUACCUGGAUUGAAGUGUAAGAUCUUAUUAUUCAUUAAUGUUUUUGUACUGGGAAGAAGUUUAAAUGUGCUUGUAUGUGGCAUAACUCCAUUCUUGCUGCUCUAGACUCCAUGCCUAUUUUUUGUCUGUUACAAUUGCCAUUUCUUUGAAUAAGAUUAAUGUAAAAUUUUUACCCUCUCACUAGAAGGACAAGGUAUGAGUGUGGCAGAGUCCUCAUGAAAGAUACAUAUAUAUAUAAAAAGACAACUUGUAUGUAAAAAAAAGCAUAUGAUCUACAUUUACUGUUAGAUUGUUUUGAUAAGGAAUAAAGGAUUUCCUAACUAUGA